UGGUUCCCGGACCGCCCCUCCAGCAGGCGGAGCACAAUACUACUGUAGCCCAGGCGGCGAGAGACUGGACCCGGGGACGCAGAGCGCAAAGACAGGAGGGCAGGGCCGGCGUCACGUGACCCGGCCAGCUGUUGGCGAGGGCGGCGGGGGCCCACAGCGCUGCUUAUCUGGGAAGCGGGACGCGCCGGGCGCCGCCUUCGCCACUGCAGCCUCAGCCGCCGAUGUCGCCGCAGUAAUCUGGCCGUGGCAGCGCCCGCACCUGGGUGGUCGCUGUCUCCGCAACUCAGGGCGGAUCCCGGAGUCCACUGCCCAGCAGGAUGGCGGUGGCUCCUCCAAGUUACUGUUUUGUGGCCUUCCCGCCACGUGCUAAGGAUGGUUUGGUGGUGUUUGGGAAAAAUUCAGCCCGGCCCAGGGAUGAAGUUCAGGAGGUUGUGUAUUUCUCAGCUGCUGAUCAUGAACCAGAGAGCAAAGUUGAGUGCACUUAUAUUUCAAUCGACCAAGUUCUGAGGACCCAUGCCAUAGUGAUAAGCAGACCUGCCUGGCUGUGGGGGGCAGAAAUGGGAGCUAACGAACAUGGAGUGUGCAUAGCCAAUGAAGCCAUCAAUGCCAGAGAACCGGCCGCUGAGACAGAAGCCUUACUGGGGAUGGAUCUGGUCAGGCUUGGUUUAGAAAGAGGAACAACAGCUAAAGAAGCCUUAGAUGUCAUCGUCUCCUUGUUGGAAGAAUAUGGACAAGGUGGGAAUUAUUAUGAAGAUGCCAGCUCCUGCCAAAGUUUUCAAAGCGCAUACCUGAUUGUAGAUCGUGAAGAAGCCUGGGUGCUUGAGACUGUAGGGAAGUACUGGGCUGCUGAGAAAAUCACAGAGGGAGUAAAGUGGAUUUGCAAUCAACUUUCACUCACCACUAAGAUGGAUGCAGAGCAUCCUGAACUCAGAACUUAUGCUCAGAGUCAAGGCUGGUGGACAGGAGAGGACGAGUUCAAUUUUUCCCGCGUUUUUUCUCCAGCUGAUGACCACCUGGACUGCUGUGCAGGCAUAGAGAGCUUAGAAAAGCAAGAAGAAACCAUCACUGUCCAGACGAUGAUUAACAUCUUAAGGGACAAAGCCAGUGGAAUCUGCAUAGACUCUGAAUCUUUCCUCACCACAGCCAGUAUAGUGUCUGUCCUGCCUCAGAAUGGAAGCUCUCCAUGCAUUCACUACUUCACGGGGACUCCAGAUCCUUCCAGGUCAAUAUUCAAGCCUUUCAUCUUUGUUGAUGAUGUAAAACUUGUCCCCAAAGCACAGUCCCCCUGUUUUGGGGACGAUGACCCUGCCAAAAAAGAGCCUCGGUUCCAGGAGAAACCAGACCGCCGCCAUGAGCUGUAUAAGGCCCACGAGUGGGCACGCGCUGUCAUGGAAAGUGACCAGGAGCAGGGCCGCACACUGAGGAAGACGAUGUUGGAGCUGGAGAAGCAAGGUCUGGAAGCCAUGGAGGAAAUCCUGAGUAGCCCCUAUCCCCCGGACCCCGCCGAGGUGGGGGACCUUUUCUAUGACUGUGUCGACACGGAGAUUAAGUUCUUUAAGUGAAGUAAGCAUUCCUUUCCCCCUUCUUAUUUAAAACUUCCCACCUGACUAAAUUACCAGCAAAACAAACCACUCUCCUGUUUGAGUCAAUCGAGAAAGUUACGAUGUGGCCUCUUUUUCUGAAGCCAGAUCCAAUUGUUACCUUGUGUCUCUAAACGGCUCCUUCUUUGCCAUAGUUCCCCUUCCUUUGCUAUGUAAUGUGUAUCCCCCUUGCCCGGUGUUUGGUUGUGUGAUGAAUUGUGGAUUCAAAGCUGCUAACCUUUUAUUUCAGUGACAGUGGACACAUUAGCCUCUCCCGGGAGAGCUAGAGUUCAUUGGGCCUUGAAAGACAGGCUCACUGUGCUGAGCUGGUGGGAAAAGCAAGCUCUUUUGAAGUCUUAGUCUUUCAGUACUAGUUUCUUCCAGGUUAACAAAAGGCAUUUGCCUGUACACAGGCUCCUGUGUGUGGAGUCAAGGGAGAACCUCUCCCCUUCCCUUGAGCCUAUAGCUGUGUGUAGCGCAGUCUCCACCUGUGUCUCCUGGGAUAGAUGAACAGGAAGGAAUCAGGAGGGGCCUCCUCAGGCCCAGCUCCAUCCCAGUGCUCACGAUCCUGAAGGACCCAUCUUCUGUGUGGUUCCAGACCUGCUUCCACAGGCAGGAGUCUGGGCAUCUGUGUUAGUCUGAGCCCUUGGGUCUUAGAGAUCCCGGGACAACAUGCAGGUGACCUCCUUGAAUCCCUGCAUGGCUCUCCCAAAGGGCAUGGCUGCUGUUCCUUCAUGGCAGUGCACUCACCCUAUGGAUGCACCUUUGGGUAGAAAUGAUCCAGGUCUAGUUGCUAACAUCUAGUCUAGGAUCCCUUAAAUGGCCCUGUGGCAGAAUUCCAUCUCACACAGCUGCAGCUCUCUCAGCUAACAAGGGAGAGAAAAGGAGAAACUCUUGUCUAUUUAGAUUGCAGUCAAAGUGGCUGAAAGUCGAGCAGCCACUACUUUAUCUCAGAAAAGAGAAUGUACUUAAGCUGAUUUGUUCCCAAUGUUGUGUUUGCCACCAGAGUAUAGAAAAACAUGUAGGGAAGACCAGGUGGGCUCUGGGAGGACAGAGGGCAACUAGGUGACAGAAGGAUGCAGAAGCAUUUUGGUGCUGGUAAGAGUCCACCCACCCCCUUCCUGCCCAGCCUGUUGGGUGUCACGAAUUGGUAUAUGAAGCAGCUCGCUUCCUGGGUCUUCUCCCUUAGUCCUUGUGCCCUAGACUGCUCGAUGAAGUGGGUAGAAGGUGGUGGGGGCUGAGCUCCACUGAAACUCUCAACCACUCCUGAAAUAGCCAGGGGCAUAGAUAAUAGAGCACCCAGUGGGAGAAUGCCAUUUGUUCCUCAUUAUGCUUUACCAUCCUUGACAGGAAUCUGCAAACAAAAAUAUUGUGAACAUCUGCAGUCUUGGAAAUGGCUUAGGGUUAGUAAUUCCUACCCAGCAGCAGAAUCCUAGACCAUGAGGGCUGAAAGGGCCCCCAUCCUUCAUCAUAUGGGUGUGGACACUAAGGAUCAGAGGUUUUAUUGGAACAAACCUUUUCUUCCUACUUUUGCUCAGCUGUUUGGUAAAUUCUGUAUGUAAAACUCCCACCUACCCAUGGUGAGAUGGGAAGAGUAUUUUAGUAGACAAGAUUAAUGGCUACUGGUUGUGGCGCCUUGUAGUUGUGAGGAGUCUGCAGCUGCUCAGGAAGAAAGGAUGGGGCUCAAGGAUGAUACAGGUACCUAUGCCUUCCCAAGGCCACCUGAUGAGGGGUUAUGUAAAAUGAGACGAUGCUGAAAGCCACCCUAGGAUUUCACUGCAUGGUUCUACCUUCCGGCUGUUAGGAAACAUUUCCCUACCCUCACCAUGUCUGCGAAUGCCAAGGUGAUUCCAGGUUUGAUGAGGAAUCUAGAAGACAGUAAAUUACACAGAGGCCUCCUUUCAUUAUCGCAGGCAAGAUCGCAGGCAAGGCUGCUAGCUUGAUGUCAUUACCCAGUUAUGCAGUGGGGAACACAAUGGCUACUUCGGUUAGGGGCCCUGGCCUCAAUCAAGCAUUGCAGAGAAGGGCCAACUCUACCUGAGAAUGGUCUUGGCUGGCACUGCACAGCACAGCUGUGAGGUCCCUGCCUCACCAGUAGAGGGUACCACAGCCCUCUGGCACAGCCUGGCAAAAGCUGCCAGGCAAUGGAGGUGGUCUGUGUGCAGCCAGAACCCAAAUAGUAGCAGUGGACUGGUUCUUUGGGGAUCAGGAUGGCUAGGGGAACACACACAGAGACAGAGAGAGAGACAGAGAGAGAGAGAGAGAGAGAGAGAGAGAGAGAGAGGAAUCUACUGAUGUGGAUGUACUCACUUUCAGUGACCUUUAUCUUCUUUAAAUUAACAGCUGAAAAUACAUUGUUGGACUUUGAGUGGGUUGUUGUAGGGGGACUGUUCAUUUUUAAAUGCUCCUAACAGUGAUUUGGAAAGAUGCUCAUUACAUGGAUAAUUUCUUCACAAGGGAUUGCUUUUCUGAAGCCAAUAUAGGAAAUGAAUAUACAAGAUGAAAUAUGACAAUGUUUAAAGGUCACUGUGUGUAAAUAGCUUCCUAGAGUAUCAUUUGUGUAUCUAUUAAGAUGAGGCGGCUGUGCAUGCCUUGUGCAGAAAGAAAUCAUGGCCAUAAAGGACAAAGUCGCUCCCCCACUUCUUCCCUGUGAUCUAACAUAAGCUAGUUAGUCUCAUCUAGUAAGUGGGAUUCACCAUAGGUGAAGACUUAAGGCAGAUACACUAGUGAAAGUUAAUUAGCAAAGCAAAAAUAGUCCCUUUUCAUUCUUGGAGGUGACUUGAACCUGUAGGUAGAAUAAGGAUAUAAUCAAAAUUACAGAGAUUCUAGUGCUCAAUAACAUAAGACUCAGUGUUAUUAUUAGGAGUCUACCUUACAAGCUAACAGAGCAGGUGUAUGCCUAUUAGAUCUUAGUCAUGAAGUUCCCUUACUAUUGGGUGACUCUUUAGCUAUAAAGCAUAAUUAUCGACCAAAUAACUUUGCAUCCUAAAUGACAUCAUCCAGCAUUGGCACAGGUGACACGUAUCUCUGGCUGGCUCAGCAAGGAAGCCAGGUGGGACCAGUGUGUCAGUCAUGACACCUCUGCAUUCUUUCCUGGAGAGCCCUGCAUCCUGUAUUGGAAAGGAUGAGCUCUCGGCUUCAGGAAGGAAGCCCAGGGAAGAGAUGGGAGGGGACCUACUUCACUGGCCACUUUCACAUCCAGGGGGAGGCAUGGCAGGUGAUAUGCCCAGCUGUCCUGGCACAACCUUAUGCUUCCUGUAGCUGUGGCAUUUCAUUCCACCCAGUUCAGAAUCCCCGCUCCCCUUCUAUGGUGUGUGUCAAAAUGUGCUUUACCCGAUUGAUGCCAAACACCCCAAAAUGUCAUCUGCAGAUUUCUUGUGGGAACCAAUAUGUACAUGUUUGCAAUCAUGUUGUGAGAAUUUAAAUGUGUUAACUGGAAAAUGCUACUGCCAGGGAAAAUAAAAUCUUUCUGUUUCCUGCAGUGGGAACUGACCGUGUAGUCUUAACAGUCUUUUGUAUAAACACAUCUAUAAGCCAGAUAACACCCCUAUCCAGUGCUUGCCUUGGGAUUGUCUCUAAAUGCAUCAAGCAUACAAUAAAAGAUACUGAGAUUAA